ACAAGCUCAGCAAAAAUGGCACCCACCCAAGAAAAGCAUAGCUCUGAGGAGUUGCUCCAGGCUCAAGUUGAUCUUUGGCACCACGCAUUGGGAUUUGUCAAGUCCAUGGCACUCAAAUGUGCAAUGGAAUUGCAAAUCCCUAACACCAUCCAGCACCAUGGUGGGUCUAUGACCCCUUCAGAAUUGGCCGCAAAGAUUGGGCUCCAUCCGUCUAAGCUUCCUCGCUUACGGCGACUCAUGCGUGUGCUCAUUGUGUCAGACAUCUUUGUUGUUCAUGAAGUAGCCUCGCCAAACAAGGAGGUUGCUUACGGGCUUACCCCAACCACACGCCUACUUGCUAUCGAUGAAGUUAGAUCAAACCUAUCUCCCAUUCUAUCUUUGAUACUUGAUUCAACUGUCACUGCCCCCUUUUCUGGCAUGCACUCAUGGUUCCUAGACGAGCAUUCCACGUCCCUGUUCGAGAAAGCUCACGGCCUUAACGUUUGGGAGAUGGCUGCCCAGAACAGUACUUACAACCAGCUAAUCAAUGACGCGAUGGUUUCUGAUAGUAACUUUCUCAUGGAUAUCAUUUUGAGGGAGUGUUCUGGUGUAUUUCUUGGCAUAAAGUCGCUUAUUGAUGUCGCCGGAGGACAUGGUGGAUCUGCCAAGGCAAUUGCUAAGGCGUUCCCGCAAAUGAAAUGCAGUGUGUUGGAUCUCCCUCAUGUGGUUGAAGAAGCUCCUACUUUCGACCAUGUGUCGUUUAUUUCUGGUGAUAUGUUUAAGUACAUUCCACCAGCGGAUGCUCUCUUCCUGAAGUGGGUUUUCCAUGACUGGGGUGAUGAAGAUUGUGUCAAGAUACUGAAAAAUUGCAAGGAAGCUAUACCUUCCAGAGAAGCUGGUGGAAAGGUGAUAAUCAUAGAUAUGGUGGUUGGAUCUGGGCCAGAUGAGAUUAUAACAAGGGAGACACAGGUUUUGUUUGAUCUCUUUAUCAUGUGUUUUGAGGGGAUUGAGCGAGAGGAACAUGAGUGGAAAAGGAUAUUCAUGGAAGCUGGGUUCAGCAACUACAAAAUUAUAUCAGUGUUGGGAGUUAGAUCUGUUAUUGAGCUCUACCCUUGAACACUCCCAUGAAAAUUACGUGGUAAUCAGUGUUGUAUGUUAAUAAACUGGCAUGGCACGUGUGCUUUCUGGUUGCAUGCCAUUGGCCUAAUGUGGUGAAUAAUAUACUGUCUUAUUGUAUUUUUCCGAGGUGUGAGCGCUGUGAUAAAUGAAUUAGCUCGCGUACUGUAUCACAAAUGUGUGUAGAAGGUUACUAGAAUCUGUUUAAAUUUUUUUUGUGGGAAUUGGGGUAACAUAUGCUGAUAUUAAUAUGCUAUGCCCAUGUUUCAGUGCUCACUCUUGUUUUUCAGCGUUAGUACCUUCGUGAAUCGAUCUAUGCAUGUGUAAGUUGUUUAUAUUACUGCGUAUUAUGCACGCUUGACAGUCCUGUGUGACCCCACAUACUUUCUUCCAUGGAUGGUCACUCAUGCGACUAUGAUUGAACUGAAAUAUGAAUCUGCCAUACAGGCAUUAGUAAGCUGCACCCCCCAUGCUGUUGUGUUCAAAUUGUUGUUAUCAAUUAUUCAGGUGAUGCGUUCCUGAAUGUCAGUUUAAAUGGGACCAAAGGCACAGCCAUUUUUCUGUUGCUCUCUGCCUCACACAUACAUGACUGUUUUGGAAGUAUACACGUAGACUGUUUUGUGAAGUUCCACAUUGUGACCAUCCUCGAGUUCUGACUUCUGAAGAUUACUUGCACUGAGUUGGAUAUACUUCUGUUAAGCUGGAUAUAUUUUUGUGUCGACAAGGUUUGGCAUUCGCGCC